AUGCAGAAUCGGGACCGUACCAACAAAAUUCUUCCAAAUGUCCAACAUUCAAAGAGUCUCGACUGUCUGGCGGAAGGUGUAUCGGUUGAGUAUUUUCGAAAUCCAUGGGAAGAUUGGAAUUUUAAAGGUGACCGGGAAGAGACAUCCUCCUUGGACGGAAUUUCCUCCUUUGACAAGAGAAUGGACAAAGCUAAGAAAAUUUACGUCCGAGGUCUAUUGGUCUCUCAUUGCGUCCAUCACGGACGUGAUAGGCUAUGCGGUCCGUCAGAAGCUGAAGCCGAAGCUUCCCGCUGUUGGUCUGAGGUAUGGCAGCAGGAGGAGGAGUGUCCCCAAGAUGUUCAAAACUUCGAUGAGAAAGAGGAUGAGACAGAUGAUACUUUAUCGCAAGCUUUCGCUACAUCGGGGGAGGAAAGUCCUCAAGAUGCCCAAAACCUUGAUGGCAUAGAGGAUGAAAAUGGCAGAUUUUCCUCGGGAGCUUCCUCUGUAUCGGAGGAGGAUAAUUCUGGGCCUGUGUCAAGCGACUCAUCACAUGAGGAUUCCGAUUCUCAUCAAUCUUACAACGCUGAGACCGACGAUGAUCAUGGAUACGCUAAUUAUAGUGCCCCAGAAUUUACCGGAGUUAAGGGGUCGACAUUAUACGUACAUAUACCUCGAAGGAAAGAUAUCGGCGAAGUCUUUUCAGAGGAACAUCCACCCUCAUCACAUCUAAUUUCAGAAAAUGACCUUAAUAGAAAGUCAUCAACCCAAAGACCAACUUCUGAAGCCACAGUACCAUUAGAUCAGGGUAUACUCAAAGAAUCGAAAUUACCAAGAAAUGAAAAAGGGAAAUGUGGUCCAGCAAGGAGACAUCAAGUCACCUCGCGUUCCCGAGCCCGACCCCCACCACCACAAAGAAACAAUACACCUAUCUUUGGUACACAGAUUCAUGAAGGAUCAGACGAUCUAUAG